AACACAUUAUCCAGGAGGAUAAUGAUUGACUUAAAGUUAUGCUUUUUGGCCCUUGUGGUGGGCGUGGCCUAUGCCGAGGCAUCCUGCUGCGUGUAUUAUCAUUACUACCCAGUACAUCACAAGCCUCAAAAGAAGGUAAUCGUGAUAAAAGACGAGCAAAAGCAUCAUCACCACCACCAUCAUCAUCACGGUCACCACCAUGGGCAUGAACACCAUCACGGCCAUGACCAUAAGCAUGAACAUGGUCAUCAUCAUGGUCAUGACCAUAAACAUGAACAUGGACAUCAUCACCAUCAUGGUCAUGAUCAUCAUCACAAACACGGACAUGAUCACAAGCAUGAGCAUGGUCAUCACCACGGUCACAAACAUGAACAUGGUCAUCAUCAUGGGCAUAAACAUGAACACGGACAUCAUCAUGGACACAAACAUGAACACGGGCAUCACCAUGGUCAUCAUCACGGUCAUAAACAUGAACAUGGCCAUCAUCAUGGGCACAAACAUGAACACGGCCAUCACCACGGUCACAAGCACGAACAUGGCCACCAUCAUGGGCAUGAACACAAACACGGCCAUCACCACGGUCACAAGCACGAACAUGGCCACCAUCAUGGGCAUGAACACAAACAUGGCCAUCACCAUGGGCAUCAUCAUGGUCAUCAUCACGGACAUCAUCAUGGUCAUCACCAUGGGCACGAACACGGUCAUCAUCAUGGCCAUCACCACGGGCAUCAUCAUGGUCACGAACACGGUCAUCACCACGGUCACCAUCAUGGUCAUCAUCAUGGCCAUCAUCAUGGUCAUGAGCAUGGACAUCAUAACGGGCAUCAACAUGGCCAUCACCACGGUCAUGAGCAUGGACAUCAUCACGGCCACCACCAUGGUCAUCAUCAUGGUCAUGAACAUGGACAUAAACACGGUCAUCAUCAUGGACACCACCACGGACAUCAGCAUGGACACCAUCAUGGCCAUCAUCAUGGUCACCAUCAUGGACAUCAUCAUGGUCAUCACGAAGGACACCACCAUAGCUAUUUGGCCUCACAACCGAAACCUCAAAUUCACGACCUGUUCGGUUUCCAUUACAACCAAAAAUAAGCUUAAUUUUCGUUGAAGAAGAAAUGUUCCUUACUGAAAAUAUGUAUAAUACGGAUGUAUAUUGUACAUAAAAAUCCUUCCUUGAAGUGUUCAGUAGAAAGAAAAUCGGGGUAGGAAUCUUUUGAAUCACCAAAGAAUGAAGUUCUAUUUCCAGAACUUUCAAGUCAUGUAAUUAAUGAAAAUAAAAUUAUU